AGCUCAGCAGCGCGCAAAAACGCAGACAGACAAUCCAUUGGAGAGGAGAUACUCACCGGCCCUCAUUCCGCCCUCGCCUCCCCCCUCCUCCUCCUCCUCACCUCAGAAAUCAAAAUAAGUGAGUUUGCUGCUAUUGUGCUACGGGACACAAGCUCGGGUCAGGAAAACGCAGGUAAACGGAAUCUAAGCCUUUUACUAAGAGGAGGAAAUCCCCUUCACCGCCGCCGCCACCACCACCUUCUCCCUCCUCCUCGGACCUCUGUUCUCCUCUGAAGACGAAGUUUCUCAUACAAAGAGGGAUGCUGCAUGUUCCCGAGCCGCACUUGCACUCAGAGGGAACCUAAAAGUGGACUAGGGCGGAAUUAAGCCGACACUUCAUUUGAUGCACAUUAAGCGCUCCAAAACGGACACUUUAGUGACUGAGAAGGAUCGGCGCGCCUCAUAAAAUGAUCCCAAUCGACGGCGUGACACCAUGUCGCAUCUCGUCUGAUGUUUGACACAUUUGGGGAUCGGACUCAAGAAACUGGAGGAGGACUCGAACACUCUGAGAAUUCAUCCCCAAACCCCGCUGGCACUUUUUUUUUUAGUGGAGUCGGAACAACAGAUCGCCGUCCAGAUGCAGUUUCGACUUUUCUCAUUUGCUCUGAUCGUAUUGAACUGUAUGGAGUACAGCAACUGUCAGGCGCCGUCGCACCGCUGGAGGAGAAGCAAAAGAGCUAGCUAUGGAGCGUACCCCAUCUGUAAAGGCUGCUCGGUGUGCUCCAGGGACAACGGCUGUGUAAACUGCCAGCCCAAGCUCUUCCUGUUUCUGCGGAGGGAGAGGAUGAGGCAAUACGGGGAGUGUCUCCACGACUGUCCAUCAGGAUACUAUGGCAUGCGCAGCCCUGACCUCAACAUGUGCUCCAGGUGCAGGAUAGAGAACUGUGAGUCCUGCUUCAGUAAAGACUUCUGCACCAAGUGCAAGUCAGGCUUUUAUCUACACAAAGGGCGCUGCUUUGAUAAGUGCCCCGAGGGCUUUGCCCCACUGGAGGACACCAUGGAGUGUGGAGAGGGCUGUGAGGUAGGGCAGUGGAGUGAAUGGGGCACCUGCACCAGAAGAAACAAAACCUGUGGCUUCAAGUGGGGUCUGGAGACCCGGACGCGGCACAUUGUAAAGAAGCCACCCAAGGACACAAUACCCUGUCCCACCAUCGCUGAGUCCAGGAGGUGCAAAAUGGCCAUGAGGCACUGCAGGAGAGGGGGCUCAGGGAAGCACCGAUCCAAAGAACCAAAGAAGAAGAACAACAAGCAGAGGCUCCGGUUUCGGGCCCAGAACCAGCACAGCGACCACUUGGCGUCCGUGCGCUCUAGCCAGUGAGGACUGAAAUUCUCGACUACCCCAUGGAACAAAGACCGCAAAGCUGCUAGCCGCUGCUCCACCCAGAUCCUGACAAAUGCCCCCCACCCAACCCAAUCCCUUAACCCCUACCACCACCACCACCACCACCACCCAUCCCCCCAACUUCCACUUUACUCCAGCACACAGCCGUAACCCACGAUUCUGAUCAUCCGCGUAACACUGCAUCACAUAUCUAACCUUCGGUAUCAGUAUCAACACACUAAUCAUGUGCUUGGUGUCUCCUGCUGCUCCCCGACAUCCUGUAGCAGUGACUGGCCAGUCGACUCAGAGCCCCGCCCCCGUCCCACCCCCCACCCGACCCCCGCCUGGCCUUGCCUUGCCUUGUGGACCCCUUACUGUUGACAUUAUCGAAACUCGUUUCCCGUCAUUCGCAAUGUCAUGAAACCGUCCACGAGUUCUGGAAGACGGACACCUGAGGAGGCGAGAGUGGUAGGAGAGGUGGCGAGGGAGCGGGACCGGUGGGGGGUGAGGGAGGAGGACGAACAAUCCUGAUGGAGAAGUGGAGGAAAAAGAGGGGAUGAAUGAGCAAAGAGAUUCGGCUGAAGAAAAUGAUGCUGAUGGACAUUAACUGACAUCUUGAACUAAGAGAGACUGUUUUUUUUUUUUUUUUUUUUUUUUUUUUUUUUUUUUUUUUUUUUUCCUGUAUUUAUGUCAAAGCUACCCUUACGUUCCCUCUAAUGCAGACGGAGUGUUCCCAUGUAUGGCCUUUAUGUUAUGUACAUUUUUGAGAGUAAUGUUAAAAAAAAAAAAAUUACCAUGCGUAGUUGCAAAGUAUUUUAUUCUCAGCACAACCUGUUUACGUUCAGACCGCUUUAUGCUCUAACUGUAUAGUGUUGAUAAAAAAAAAAAAGAAAUUUAGUUGUUCGACUAGCAUGGCAACAAACUCAUGUGUACAUAGUUUAUCUAAUUAUGAAAGCUUAUUACUGUAUUUUCAGUAUUGACUUGUUCACCGUUCUAAAUGUUUUAGAGAUGAAAAGGUUGUAAUACCAAGCUACAGAUUAAAAAGAUUGAAAACAAAAUAAUAAACAUAGCCACCACAUAGCUAUUACAUUUAUAAGGUAUAUAUUUGAUU